CAGUCGUGUCCACACUCCGCCAGUGUACCACAGUCAUGGCACACGUAACCCUGCAAUCGCUCGUUGUUAUAACAGUGUUACAACUAUGUCGAGCAGAAAUACCAGAGAUACAAGGAACAUGGUACUCGGCCAACGCUAUUAAUGACGGCUAUUCACCAAAGCCCAUUUCUGAACUGUUCACGACUGACAAUUCGCCGAUAUACUCGUCUACUUUUUCAGUAACGAAACCUAUAGUUGUACAACCCCUACCUAUUACAAACAACAUUAAUUUUAUACCAGAUUUAUCGACAAAUGCAAAAACGACAGUGACGAGUCCACCAAAUAGAACACAGACUUAUAACACUGAAAUUCCAACCGUUACAAGCACAAUUUUAUCAACACUCGAACCUAGUAUAACAUUCACAUCGACGCCUGCGCCACCAUCAACCUUUUCUACUAUUCAGUCGCUUACUUCAUCUACUAUUCAAACACCUUCGACCUCUUCAACACUUUCAACAUUAUCAACCAUCUCUUCACUCCCAACUCUUUCGACUUUGUCAUCGUUUGAACCUCAAACAGUCACACAAGCACAGACAAGUGGCAUUAUAAUCAAUAACAAUCAAGACCAACAAUCCACACUCCAAUCAAACGAUAAUACUAAUAGUUUACCACCUCAAACCAUACGAAUCGAGCCACCAACAAUAUCGAUUCCAUCAACGACACAGUCACCAAACUCAAUACCAAACUACUUUGUAAUUUAUCAACAGGCACCACAGAAUAUUCAGACCUUUUCGCAAUCGCAACCACAGCCUGAAACUCAAAAUAUAUCACAGCCUAGCAUAAAUGCUCCAAUCACUCCAUCUACUCUUCCGCCAAGUAUCUCUACAAUUUCCUCAACGUUUCCUUCCUCUACUGUUCCUGUUAAUCCUUCAAUACAAACAACACUGGUUUCGACAAUCACAAACCCUUGCGUGACAAGGAAUCCGUUAACAAGUUUAAGGCCUACCAUAGUUUCUUCAGCGCCGGUAUUGAAUAGUACCCCGACUACUAGAAUACCACCGAAUUUUAUGAUCCGUGUCGUUGCACCUAAAGGCUCUAUUACCAAUGUGAAAUUCGUAGCGACUACAACGAAAAGACCAACAACUAGAAGGACUAAAAAACCAAAAAGGAAUACCUACGAAGGGUGCCUGAAUUCUUGUAAAGGAAGAAAAGAUCCACUUUGCGCUAAUCCGUUAGCUGCUCUUAUAAUAGAUCCAAAUACACUGAAAGGAUUCCCCUCCAUUUGUCAUUUAGCGUGCCAUAAUUCUUAUAAAGACAUUCCAUAUGAAAAAUUAGUGGACGGCCGAUGUAGCAGGUUGCGUACACGCAUCAUGCAAGUCAAUAGCAAUACCAAACUCAGAAGAGACGAAUUGCUCAAGAGUCAAUACAGCAUUGUCAGUAAUGCAGAUCAGACAAUAGUGGAAGUUUCGAAACAAUAGUUUAUUAUAGAAUAAAUUUUAACGAUUUUGACAAUGUGACUAUGGCAUAAGGCCAACAAGUAGUCGUAUACGACGAUCUAUAUUUAAAAGAAAAUGACCCAUCAAAACAUCUGCAGGUGGAUUUACAUCGUGAUAGUUGCAGGCGCUAGUGGCUUUCUGUCUUAUGACAAAAUACGAAUAUAUAUAAUAACAAAUAUAACAAGAAACAAUAUAUAUACUUACAAUAAAUAUAAAUAUGUACAACUUGUCAUGAUACAUAUAGUCUGUAUUAAGAUUAUUAAAUGUUUUAUUGUAAAGCUG